AUGACGAUAUUUUACGUCAACUGUGGAUCGGAUUCUAGUGUCACUUACGGCGAUCGGACCUUCGUCGGAGAUAUGGCCUCCGGUAGUAACUCUGUUUCCUUCACCACGAAAGGAACUGAAGCCAGCAACCAAUCUGGAUCGUCCACUGCGCCGGAAAUCUAUCGGACGGUUAGGAUAUUCAGACACACUUCUUCUUACAAGUUCCAAAUCGAUCCUGUUGGUUUCCACUUCGUGCGUCUCCAUUUCUCUGCUGUGUCUUCUCGGACAGAGCUUUUAACUGCUCGUUUCACCGUCUCUGCUACUUCUGGUUCUACUCAUCACUUUAAGAGUUUCCCCGUUCAGAAUUUAAAUGAGACUUCCCGAAUUGAGGAGUUUCUCCUGAUGAUCAAUUCGCCAGAUUUCGAAAUCCGAUUUGUUCCCGAUCAUUCAUCCGUGGCUUUCAUCAACGCCAUUGAAGUGUUCUCUGCUCCUGACGACCUCGAGAUCACACCAGACUCCGACAAGAAUCUGCAUACGAUUUACAGAUUAAACGUAGGAGGCGAGAAAAUCACGCCGGAAAACGACACAUUGGGACGAACUUGGUCGCUAGACGACGACUUCCUCUACCAAAAAGACGCUGCGAGAAACAAUAAAACAACACAAAAGCCUAACUACGAUUCAGGGUCAGCGACGAUAUACACAGCUCCUGAAUUUGUCUACCAGACGGCUAAAGCAAUCAACCGUAGCUCGAAUGAGUUAACGGAUAUGUUGAUGAACAUUACUUGGUCGUUCAAAGUCAGACGUAACUCAAAGCACUUUAUCAGGGCUCACUUCUGCGACAUCUUGAGCCAGUCACAAACCCCCGACUCCGAUUUCUAUCUCUACGUAAACGGGCGUGUGCGAAGAGAUGUAAACCCUUCGGAGCAGGAACGUCGCAAGGAAGCUGGCUUUCUGAAUGGUCUGGAGGUGAUGGAGUUUCUACAAGGCUCUGAUUCUUCAGAUAAAAAUAGCAGUUCCCGUGUCUACAUAAUUGCUGGCUGCGUUGCUGCUGGAUCGAUUCUGGUCUUGAGUUUGUUGUUUAUGGUUUUCUUGAAACGGAGGAGAUCGUCGAAGAAGGAGAAGCUAGACGGUGAGGCCACUGUAUGGUCUCCUUUGCCAUUGCAAAGAGCUGGUGGGAGUUCCGAUAACAGACCUUUUGAUCCGGUCUAUAACUCGCCAUUACGCAGCAACAACAGAGCUUACGAUCCGGUCCAUAAUUCGCCACUACGCAACCUAAACUUAGGCUUGACGAUUCCCUUCGCAGACAUUGUGAGAGCCACAAACAAUUUCGACGAGCGGUGGUUGAUCGGGAGAGGCGGUUUCGGAGAUGUUUACAAAGCCAUUCUCCCAGAUGGAAGCAAGGCGGCUAUCAAGAGAGGCAAGACCGGUUCAGGGCAAGGGAUACUGGAGUUCCAAACGGAGAUUCAAGUCCUGACAAGAAUCCGGCACAGGCACCUCGUUUCUCUGACGGGUUACUGCGAAGAGAACUCGGAGAUGAUCCUUACGCACAUCUUGACGGAGAAAUCGGAUGUGUACGCGUUCGGCGUCGUUCUCCUCGAGGUCCUGUGCGCGAGACCGGCUCUCGACCGUCAUCUUCCUCACGAGGAAGUGAAUCUAGCGGAGUGGGCGAUGUUCUGCAGAGACAAAGGGAUAAUCGAUGAGAUCCUAGAUCCGAAAUUGAUAGGUCAGAUCGAGCCGAGUUCUCUGAGGAAAUUCAUGGAGAUCGUGGAGAAGUGUUUGAAAGAGUACGGUGAACUGAGGCCGAGCAUGGCGGAUGUGAUUUGGGAUCUGGAAUAUGUUCUACAGCUUCAGAUGACGCCGAUUCACAGAGAGCCUCACGAAGAUAGCGCGACGAUCUCCGGCGGUGGAGACGGAAGCUCGUUGGUGAUUCCGAGGUUGAUGGUGAGUGACUCGUUUAGUUCAAACUCGUUUGUUCAGAAGAAGAGCAGCUAUGGAGGUACGGAUUCAUCGGAGACACAGGUUUUCUCCCAAUUGAAGAUCUCCGAAGCAAGAUGA